UCGUUUUUGCGUCCUUCCUUCCGACUGUCAAAAAUGUUUCCAUUUCUUUCGUGUAAUUGUAUUUGUUUGCAAAAUUAAAAACAAUAAUAGUUUUUUAUGUAUAUAAGCCAUGAUUUUAUAUAGUUUUUAGUGAUUGCAUAUUGUGUUUUAUUUAAGUUUAUAUUUCAUUGAAAUAUCAUGUGAGAAGCAGAUCAAAUCGUGAAGUGUUGUGUCUUGUUUUUGUCCAAAGCAGAUCACGUAGAUCUUCCAGAUGCUGCCUUCCAUGCCCAUUCUGUAUACGAGAGAGAGUCAGGAUGCUUUUGGUAACAAAAUUGAGCCAAGUACUAGCUUUUUCAACCAGAAUUCAGUUUCAAAACCCGUAAUCUACCCUGAGCCACAACCUCAAAGGCCUGAAAAAACUAUAAAGGAAACUUCUGAUGUUUCACAAAAAGAAACAAAAGGCAAAGGAAACACUAAAAAGAAACAGGAACCACCUAAAAUUGAUGAUAGAGCAUUAGAGAAUGCAUUAGUUACCUCCUAUUACAACAAAGUGAAAUCAAAAUUUUCAUCAAACUCUGCAGUAGCAGCUAAUAAAUUUUUUCAAUUCCAAAAUUUAUUGCAAACAUUUGACCCAUCAAAAGAGACUCCGGUACAAUUAUAUAGAAAAGUUGAAAUGUUAUUUGGAGAAGAUCAUAAAGAUUUAGUUGAGGAGUUCUUGAUGUUCUUAAAGCCAGGCCAGGCUGCAGAAGUUGGACGGUUUAUGGAUCACUUUACACUUGUACAGAUGACUAGUUUCAUUGAACUAUUGCAAAUCACAUUUUCCCGCAAGCCGACGGUCUUACGCAAAAUAUUACGAGCAAUCACGACUGGCAUAAACAGCGGCAGAAGUGAGGACAUGAAGGCACGUGUACUACCUCACCUCCGCUCGAACCCUCGGCUCACUCAGAUGUUCAAGGCUUUGUUCGCCGAUGAAAGGCCUCCCGACAGUAUAUACGAGAACGGAACAGAUACAAUAAACGAAAGUUUUCUCACCAGAGACAAGGGUUAUGAUUUUUGGGAAUUUGAUGACGAAUCCCAUAAUAAGAGGAAAUUGGAUGAUAAAGAGAGUUUGGAUACUAUGUAUCUUCACGGACGAGUGUUUCUUCAACACGGUAGACUAUUGCGCACAGCGCGCGUUACAUAUCCCUAUAGCAAGGAGCCCUAUCGGGUGCACGCGCGACGGCUGGCCCCCCCACAUUGUCACCUCUCACCGCCCGAGUCGGAUGAAGAGAGGGCAUCACCUAAACGCACCAGCAAAUCCACCUCAAAAAUUCCGCCUAAAAAAACAAAGAAGCAACUAAAAUCGCCAACUAAAAACGUCAAAGAUGUAAAUGACAAUACAAAAGUCAAAGAAACAGUACCUAGUGUUUUAAGUAGUCCUAAAACAGUAAAAGGUAAAUCACAAAGUAAUGCUAAGAAAAAUUGCAAAGAUAGAAAAGAAAGUGACAAACAGGAUACUGUGCCGAAAAAGGAUAAAAAAGAAAAUAAGAACCAAACAUUCUUUAGAAAAGAAGAAGCAACUAAAAUUAAACAGACAAAAGCUGAACCUAUUCCGGGUAGUACAGAAAAGAAAACCACUGAAGUAAAAAAUAGCAGUUGGACAAGAGACGAGGAUAAAACAAUGUUAGAAGUCCUCAAAGGCGAAGCUAGCUCAGAGCUAGUUUUCUGCAAAAUAAGCGAGUUACUUCCACACCGUUCCGUCACAGAAAUAAAGGAACGAUUCUGUCAUGUAAUGAAUUUGCUGCAGCAGAUGCAGAUGGGCGUCGGCGAAGUCACUUAGCAGUAUAAGUUAAAAUGUAAAUAAAAUCGUAUUUAUAAUUUUAUAUAAAAUAAAAAAAUAUUUUUGACCUAC